AUGGACUCGGACUCCUGCGCCUCCCCGCCGCCCCCUCCUCAGGCAUCGAAAGCAACAAGCGCCUCCCGGGGCUCGAUCUUGCUCGCAUCUGGGGAUCUCCGCUGCUGCUCACGUCUGGACCGGUAUAUUCCUCCCGAUUCGCUGCAGGACUCCGUGCGGAGCAGCCCCAGCCCUCCCAACAGCACCGGCGGCACCAUUGACAGCGACAGCGGGGAGCCCCACUAUGGGGACGCCCCCUCGGCCAUCUCCCUCGGCCAGCUCAAGCGGGGCCAGCCCUACUCUGCCCUGUACCAGUGGGAUGAGCCUGGCAGCUUCCUCCUGGAGAGGAAGAAGCCGGAGAAGAUGAGGAGGAAGAGGAAGCUCGGGAGGAGGGAAGAACCGGCGCCAGUGGCGGCAGCAGAGGAGGAGUACCGGGCGAAGCUGCUGAAAGCGGAGGAGGAGGAGGAGCCCUACGCAGCGGGGACGCCCACAAGUCCCUCCUCGGAAGGUGAAGCUCAGUUGUCGGCGGACCGCUGCUCAGCCUGGGACUCAGACACUCCCUCCAACGCUUCUUAUCCCCCGGUGGUCCUCAAGGAGGAGCAGGGCCUGAUCCAGACAGUGGGCAAGCGCACCAUCAUACGGCAGGGGAAGCAGGUGGUGUUCCGUGACGAGGACGGCAGUGCGGAUGACGAGGACAUCAUGGUGGAUUCCGAUGACGAUUCCUGGGACCUCGUGACUUGCUUCUGCAUGAAGCCCUUUGCCGGACGGCCCAUGAUCGAAUGCAACGAGUGCCACACCUGGAUCCACCUCAGCUGCGCCAAAAUCCGCAAGUCCAACGUCCCCGAGGUCUACAUCUGCCAGAAGUGCCGGGACUCCAAGUUCGACAUCCGCCGCUCCAAUCGCUCCCGGAUGGGCUCGCGCCGACACUUCCUGGACUAGGAGACAGACCCUUCCCUGAGA